CCCAUCGAUUCAAUUACCUCCAGGAUUUGGACACCAAAAUGAAAUUCGUGAAAUGCCGUGAAUCCAACAAUGGCAGAGAUACGGACACAGAGACCCCCUAAUCACCAGACCUCCCAACCCCCAACAGGUUGCUACGGUAACCUGGGCAUGAGGCGUCACCCUGAAAAACACUUGGGGUGUGUGUCUCCACGCCGACGGGCAACCGGAGAGCGCUUGUGCCUUUUCCCCCUCAGCUAUUCAAACCUAAGACUUCCCACACCACCUGAAGGCAGCAGUGACGCGCUUGGCCAUACCAGCCAAUGAGAGCGGUGAUUUGUUCAAGAUGACCAAUCAGCGACUGAUACGUCUUACGGAGGCGAGUGAGUCGAACGGCCCGCCCCGACGUUGCUUCAUUGAAGAAGAAGAGGGACGGUCUUUCACCACACCAUCCUCACAAGAGAUUCAGUCAUGGCGGCUAAACUUACCAAGCUUUUUGUCGGGGGACUGAAUCUGCAGACAACGGAGGAUGGAGUCCGCACCUAUUUCGAGCAGUUUGGCACUUUGAGUGACUGCGUUGUCGUGAUGAACCCGCAGCUCGGCCGGUCCCGCUGCUUCGGCUUCAUCACAUACUCGACACCGGAGGAGGCCGACGCCGCAAUGGCGGCUAAGCCACAUGUCGUCGAAGGCCAUGAUGUGGAAUUGAAAAGAGCCAUAGCCCGAGAGGACGCGAACAACCCGGAUAUUCUCGCCAACGUUAAGAAAAUUUUCGUCGGUGGUGUGAAAGACCACAUCGAGGCAGACCACCUAACUGAGUACUUCUCGCAGUUCGGCGUGGUAGAGAAGGCCGAAAUCAUCUCCGACAAGCAGACCGGCAGGAAGCGGGGAUUCGGCUUUGUCUACUUCGAGGACACAGACUCCGCCACCAAAGCAGUGCUGACCAAGUUCCACACCAUCAGUGGAAACAAGGUGGAGGUGAAGAAAGCGCUCACCAAGCAGGAGAUGUCCACCGGGAGCCGUGGUAGAAGCCGAGGCCGGGGGAUGCAGCCCUAUGGCGGCGGAAGAGGAGGAGGUGGAGGCUACGGAGGCGGCGGCUACGGCAGCAGUUACGGGGGUGGCUACGGUGGCGGCGGAGGCGGCUAUGGUGGGGGUUACAACGGAGGUGGCGGAGGAGGAUACGGAGGUUAUGGUGGGGGAUACGAGGAAGGUGGAUACGACCAGCAGAUGGGGGGUGGGUACAGCAAUGGUGACUUUGGGGAUGGCUAUGGACAGCAGCACUCCAGUUAUGGUGCAGUGAAGGGGGGCAACUAUUCCUACAGGAGCGGGGCACCAUACAACAGAGGAGGCGGAGGCUACGGUCGGGGUGGUGGUGGUGGUGGUGGAGGAGGAGGAGGUGGUGGUGGAUACGCCGGCUAUUAAAGCCCCCCACUCAAGUUUUGUGGUCAUGGGGAAAUUCAGAUUACAACGAACUUGAAUUUACAUGCACACACACAAACACAUUACAAAUCCCGGGUGAGGGGGGUCUUGUUGAGAUCAUUUAAGGGAGCAGUGCCCAUCACCCCCCACAGGAAUGAAUGACACUGUCCUCUGGUUCCCCCCACCCGGACCCCAUCUGUCCCUCUUAUUCCACACAUAAUGGACUUGAAUUGUACUUUUGUUAUGUUUUGGGGGAAAGACUUGCUUUGAACCAUUUGUAAAGCCGUAAUCAAUGUCAGUCACUGCUUCUCAACUCAGAAUUGAGUUUGUAUGUCUUGCAAACCAGCCACACGUGUCUGUUAUUUUUGCAUCAUGAACUCAGGGUUUUAAGUGAUGUUGGUGGCAGUGUCAGGCAGCAUGGGGACUCCAUUGCUUGGGUUUCUUGAUCUUAAACAGUCGUGACUACGUAUUUUCGGGAGAAAAUUUCACAGACUUUUUUUGUUAUAUGUAUAAAUUACUUUUUCCACCCGUCCCAUUACAGGCUUUUGUUUAGAUUAAAACUGUUUUGAAAUCCAUGUGUUCAGUUCACUCCUAUGUUUGAUUCUGCUUUUUAUUAAAGUUUUUAAUGUUUUGAAACUCA